UCCUACCAUUUUCAGACAUGUGGAUUAGGAAUUAUCAUUAUAAUAAUAUUUUAAAGAGAGAGAGAGAGAGAGAGAGAGAGAGUAAAUUGAGGGAGGCUGAGAUUGUGCCACUCCUCUCUUCUUACUAGUCAGUCAGUCACUCAUUCCCAUAACAUUAACAUAAUAUAAGAAUGAAUGAAUAUGACCAAGUCCCUCCUCUAAUGGCGGAGCCUCUCAAUCUCAACCUCACCCUUUCCUCCUCCUCCUCCUCUUUUUCCUCUUUUCCUGUUCCUUUCUUUUACUAACCCUUCUUCUUCCUUUGUUUUUUCUUUUCUUUUGCUUUUUUUUUUUCUAACCAUGGUUUCCUUUACAUAUAACUAUUAAUCUUUUUACAGCCCUUGCAAACUCUUUGCCCAGUAUCGAUUUAAAGGAGUGAAUUCUUCUGAGCUGAAACUGGAAACUCCAUAGUAGUAUUGAAACAAGUUAUUAAAAAUGGCCCGGGACUAUAAUGGAUCCCCAAAGCAUCAUCAUAAUCAUCUCGAGUCCAAAAGAAAGCGCCUUACUUGGAUUUUUGGAGUUAGUGGACUAUGCAUAUUAUCUUAUGUUUUGGGAGCCUGGCAAAACUCUAAUCCUUCAACCUCUCCAUCUGCGGGUGUCUCCAAUAAGAUUGGUUGUGAAGUUGGACCCCCCCAAGUGGAUAUCAAAUCAUCAUCAACACCCUCAUCCUCUUCCUCUUCAUCGCCUGCUUUGGACUUCGAAAGCCAUCACACGGUGGACAUUAACAAAACUAAUGAUGCAUCACGCAAGUUGCCGCCAUGUGACAUGUCCCUGAGUGAGUACACUCCAUGCCAACAUCCUCCGAGGGGAAGGAAAUUCGACCGUGACAUGCUUAAGUAUAGAGAGCGACAUUGCCCCACCAAGGAGGAACUCCUCCUUUGCCUCAUUCCUGCUCCUCCUAAGUAUAAGACUCCUUUCAAGUGGCCUCAGAGCAGAGAUUAUGCUUGGUAUGAUAACAUUCCUCACAGAGAGCUCAGCAUAGAGAAAGCUGUGCAGAAUUGGAUUCAAGUGGAGGGUGAUAGGUUCAGAUUCCCUGGUGGUGGAACCAUGUUCCCUCGUGGAGCUGAUGCCUAUAUUGAUGACAUUAAUGAACUCAUACCUCUUACUAAUGGAGCUAUAAGAACAGCCAUUGACACAGGCUGUGGUGUAACAAGUUGGGGAGCAUAUUUGUUGAAGAGGAACAUAGUUACUAUGUCCUUUGCGCCAAGGGACACUCACGAAGCACAAGUUCAGUUUGCAUUGGAGCGAGGAGUUCCUGCAAUGAUUGGCAUUAUGGCUUCCCAAAGGCUUCCCUAUCCAGCCAGGGCUUUCGAUAUGGCUCACUGUUCUCGUUGUUUAAUACCUUGGCAUCAAUAUAAUGGUAUGUACCUAAUUGAAGUGGACAGAGUUCUGAGGCCAGGUGGUUACUGGGUUCUUUCUGGGCCACCUAUUAACUGGAAAAAGUACUGGAGAGGUUGGGAAAGAAGCCAAGAGGACUUGAAAGGAGAGCAAGACGCCAUUGAGGAUGUUGCAAAGAGGCUUUGCUGGAAGAAAGUAGCUGAAAAGAAUGAUCUUUCGAUUUGGCAAAAGCCCAUCAAUCAUGUGGAGUGUGUGAAGAACAGGAAGGUAUACAAAACACCACACAUGUGCAAAUCUGAGAAUCCCGAUGCGAGUUGGUAUAAGAACAUGGAAACUUGCAUCACCCCAAUGCCUGAUGUUAGCAGUCCAGCAGAAGUGGCUGGUGGGAAGCUGGAGAAGUGGCCUGAGCGUGCCUUUGCCACGCCUCCAAGAAUCAGCAGCGGUUCCAUACCAGGCAUCUCUGCAGAGAAAUUCAGAGAGGACAAUCAAGUGUGGAAAGAGCGGUUGACUCACUACAAGCGAAUCCUACCUCUUCAACAAGGGCGUUACAGGAACAUCAUGGACAUGAACGCUCAUCUGGGUGGAUUUGCAGCCGCCUUGGCUAAGUAUCCUGUGUGGGUUAUGAAUGUGGUGCCUGCCAACUCGGACCUGGACACUCUUGGUGUGAUUUAUGAGCGUGGUUUCAUUGGAGCAUACCAAGAUUGGUGCGAGGCUUUCUCAACCUAUCCAAGAACUUAUGAUCUUAUUCAUGCAGGUGGCGUUUUCAGCAUAUACCAGGACAGGUGUGAUAUCACAUAUGUUCUGCUAGAGAUGGAUAGAAUUCUGAGGCCUGAAGGAACAGUGAUAUUCAGAGACACAGUAGAGAUCCUGGUAAAGAUACAGAGCAUUGCAAAGGAGAUGAGAUGGAAGACUCAAAUCAUGGACCAUGAAAGUGGUCCUUUCAAUCCUGAGAAAAUUCUUGUUGCUGUUAAAACUUACUGGACUGGUGAAAUGAGCACUAACUAGCUUUAUAGGCUAUAGCUGUGUAGUAGUGGACUAAGUAGAAGAAAGUAGUACUACUUACUUACCUACCUACGUUUGGUGUGGUAGUUGUUUGUUUGUACUUGUAGUAGUAAAACACACAAACAGGCACAACAAGUGAGAAAGAAAAAAAAGACUUUACUUGGGUUUCGGCUA